AUGCAAAUCUCUAGGCACAUAUCCUUGAAGAUAUACACAAAUGGAUCUAUUAGGGCACCAUUGACUCUUCAUCAUGUUAAGCGGGCUAUGUUUUCAACAUGUUUAGUAAAACUUACUAAAAGAAAGUUUGACCAUACAAAUAAUAUAGAUACAAGUAGGCUCGAAUUUACAAAGAGGAACGAAUUAAUAGUACAUGAUCUUAACAGAUUCUAUCCGUCAAUGUCUGACCUUCAGUCGAGAAACCCCGACAUGACCGCCGAAUCAAUUAGCGACCAGGAUCAUGACAACUACAAACAGAUUACAGUCAAAAAAUUCUUGGAUACCUUCGAAAAGAAUCCGCAAAGGUUGAAUGGAGAAGAUGAUUACAAAAGCUUCUUACAGCUAAAUGGUAGGAUCAAAAAUAUCCGUUAUUCAGGUAAAAAAAUAGCAUUCAUUGAUCUUUUUGAUUCCAGAUAUAAUGUGAAGAUACAAGUAAUCCUUAAUUUGAAUAAACUAAAACAAGAAACAUCAGAAGAAAGGUUUCAAGAAGUAGUCCAGUUAUUAAAAAAAGGGGACUACAUAAAAGCAUUUGGUAUCCCUGGAUUUUCGGAGUCUAGAAGCCAUACACUUUCACUAAAAGGUACCAAACUACCUGUAUUAUUAUCGGCAGCUCAAUAUCCCCUCCCAUCACAAUUGAAAGACGAACUGAAGGCUAGGAAAAACCGAGUACUGGAUUAUCAAGUAAAUGGUGUUUCUAGUUUACUUCUUAGGAGUAAUAUUAUUCGUCUGUUAAGAUCUUUCCUUGAUAAACAAGAGUUCAUCGAGGUUGAAACACCAAUCUUAUCUUCUAAAUCUAAUGGGGCCAAUGCAAGGCCAUUUAUUACAAAAUCAGGCAGCUUGAAUGAAAACUUAGAAUUGAGAAUCGCCCCAGAAUUAUGGCUAAAGCGUCUUAUCAUUAGUGGGUUAGACCGUGUCUAUGAAAUAGGAAAAGUAUUUCGGAAUGAAGGUGUUGAUUCCACACAUAACCCUGAAUUUACCUUAUUGGAGUUUUAUGAAAGAUAUCUAUCCAUGACAGAUCUAAUUGAAAAAAGUGAAGACCUUUUCAAGCACAUAUUAGUGAACUUGGAAUUAAAGAAAUCUGAAUAUCAUUUUUCACCCGCUUUUGAUAAUUUGUAUCGUACACUGGAACAAGCAAAUUGGAAAUUCAGGAGAAUUGAGUUCUUACCUACUCUUUCUCAGGAAUUAAAUAUUGAUUUUAGUUUAAUAGAUCUUAAUGAUGCUGAGAAGUUACUAGAGUCAUUACCUGCACAUAGUAGGAAAGAAUUAUUUGAAAAUGUUCCCCCCGGUGAGUUAUCUUCACAGCAAAUAUUGAACAAACUUUGUUCAUUUUACUUAGAGUCAAGAUACUGUGACACCAUACACCCGACCAUCAUUUUUCAUCACCCCAGAAUAAUUUCUCCGUUGGCAAAGGCACAUCCAUCAAAUCAACAAAUAACCAAGAGAUUCGAAAUGUUUAUUAAUGGGAAAGAAUAUAUAAAUGCAUAUGAAGAAGAGAAUUGCCCUCAAUUACAAGAAAAAAAUUUUCAACUUCAACAAUUUUCUAAAGAAACAAUUAAAAAUAAAGAAAAUGAUGAGCUAAUAUCACCCGAUGAAGGCUUUAUCAAUGCAAUGAAAUCAGGAAUGCCACCCGUUGGUGGAUUUGGUCUUGGUGUUGACCGGCUAUGUAUGCUUCUGAUGAACAAGGGCAGAAUUGAAGAUGUUUUACCAUUUGGAUGUGUUGAUGAUGUGAAAACGCAAUGA